UCCUGCUGCGCCACGCCCCCCAGCCCGAGCCCGGCGCCACUCCGCACCCGACCCGGGCGUCCAGAGCGGCGGGGCUACAGAGGCUCGGGGCAGGCGCGUCCUUGGAGGCCAGCCGCCAGGCUGCCGCUCACCGCCCGCCUCUGUCGCAGAGCCCUGGAGGGCCGGGCCCGCCCCCAGUCUGAUCUGAGGCCAAUGGGAGCGCGGCCCGUGGGCGGAGCAGCCAAUGGAGGGCGCGCUCGGAGGGUGGCGGGCGGAACCCCGGGCCCGGCCCCGGCCGCACCUGCGUGCGCGCUCCCGGUGCGCCUGCUGGCGGGACGGUGGGUGCCCCUCCAGCUCCGGCAGAGCCCUCGCGGUUCCGAGUCCCGGUUGGGCCGCAGCGCCGCUCAGAGCCCACGCGGUCCGCCAGGGUGUUAGUGCCGCGGUUCUUUGCGCCCCCGGGACGCCGCCUUAGGGCACUUUUGGCGUCUCGGCACGACGGGACUCAUUGUUCCUUCUUUCGUGGGCGUCUCGCUCUGGGCGUGUGGACGGGUUGUCUGAAACCGCACCUUCUUCCCGUGACACGGCGAAUGUGGCAGGGACCGCGUCACUCCACUGGAAGCCGACCGUUCCCCAUCGGGAGCAUUUCCCACCCCGCGGUACCAACUGGCCGCUCCCGCUGCGGGCCCCGCGCUGCGCACGGUCUCCAGGACGCGGACGUCCACGGAGCGAACCUGCCCUGCGCUCGUGGAGCUUCCACGUCUCCGGGGGACCGACGGCGACAGAGAGAAGAACCAAGGACACCCACAGACCCCACAGCUACAUCACGCUCAACUGUGAGAAUCUGGGUGCUUUCCCAGAGUCGGGAACUAGAAGGACAUCCCCUCUGACCACCACUUCAGCAUCACACUGGGAGUCCUAGUGGAAGCAGUAAGCCAAGAAAAGGAGACAAAGGCAUACAGAUUGGGAAGGAAGAAACAAAAUUGUCUUUGGUCACAGAUGGCAAGGUUGUCCAAAAAAUUGACACAGAAACUCCCGAGCUGAUACAUAAUGUUGGCAAGAUUUCAGGAUACAAGGGGAAUGCACAAAAGUCAUUCUUGCUGUCCUAUCCGGGAGCAAACAGGAUUCAAGAUUAAAGAUAAAACACUAUUUACAUUAGCGCCAAAAAAGGAAAGAAAAAAAGAGAAAUACUUAGGUAGAAAUCUAACAAAAUAUGUCAGGAUCCAUCUAAGAAAAAUAAAACUCUGAUGCCAAAAUCAAAGAACCAAGUGAGUGGAGAGGAAUCCCAUGUUCAUGGAUGGGGAGACCAGAGAUUCAAACCGUCCCAAUCAAGAUCCCAGCAAGCUGUGCUGCGGCUCUCGACAGCCCGAUGCUGACGUGUGGAUGGAGAGGACACACGGGCUCAGAAUCACACGGACACUGAAGGGGAAGCACAAGUUGGGAGACUGGCGUUACCCGGCCUCAAGGCUCCCUGCAAGUGCGGUAGUCGGGACGGUGUGGCGUUGGUGAAAAGUAGACAGACGGGCCAGUGCACCAGAGAAACAGACCCAGUGAGUGCAGAGACUGACGUUCGACAGGAGCGAAGGCGGCACAGAGGAGCGAAGACGGCGUCUUCAGCAGAUGGUGCUGGGACACGUGCGAGAUGAGGAGUCGAGAGCCAGACCGCGCACCUUCACGGAAGCUGACCCAAAGUGCAUCACAGACCAAAAUGCUUUCAUCUUUCUGCACUUGGGGACCAUUAGACGUCUAGUCGAAAACCUGACCUUAGGUGGGCGUUCCUGGAGACCCUCUGGAACCUCUGGAGACCCUUGGCAAUACCGGGAGACAGAAGCAGCAGAGCCGCUGGACGAGCGGUCUCGUGGAGACGGCGUGUUGCCAGACGCCUGGAGUGGGCCCCAGGCCCAGGGAACCGACAGACGACGUCGGAAAGUCUCCCGUGUAACUCCACUCGCUCGUGCAGAAGGACACACACUUCCCAAGGCUGACCCCACGUCGAAGGCAGCUCUCACGCCAGGAGGUGCAUUUCCCCCGCUGGCCUGGCGGUGGCCUAAACACAGACAGACGUUCCCGGGGUUGGCAGAGCUCAGGAACAGGAGCGGCCCGUACGUCUAUCCCCGGGUGGGCACCUUCCCGGACCUCCUGUCCCAGAGCCACCGUCCACGGAGUUCCGGCCACAUCCUGGGCGCCCUGGGCUCCGGGUUUCCAGGAGGUGAACAGGCCUGGUCUCUCCACGUCCAUGACACGGGGGAGUAG